AUGGGACACCCUCCUAAUUUAGACCCUGCUAAAGAGGCUCCUCAUUCUGCAACUCUCAGUGAGAUUACUGAUUUUCCUUCAAUCCAUCCUCAAGUGAUACCUCCAGAACAGGUUCAUGUUCAGCAUCUAAAUCCACCUGAAAGCACAGUUCGUCCAUUAGAUUUGCAAGUUACCGUAACUCAUCAUUCUACUACUAAGAGUGGACUCUUUGAAACUAUGCAGAAAACUCUCUCUCAACCUGCACAGCCACUUAAGGAGCUUGUUUCCAGUGCCCCAUUGUUUGAUGAUAUUAAAAAUUCAGAGCCAGCUGCAGAUCAAUUUUUGAAAAUGGCACUUGCCACAACUCCAUAUCCUGAAAAUUCUAAUACAGAAAAAAAUUCAACUCUGGAACCAAAUGCCUACGUAUACACCAACAUAUGUGAAUUCUGCGUGUGUGAAAAUGAGUCACUGUUGUGUAUUCAUCUCAGCCCAAUGUGGAGACUCCACCAACUUGAAACUAUGCAGAAAACUCUCUCUCAACCUGCACAGCCAAGGCCCAACACCUACAACGGCACUUUUGCUAUCUUAAAUUUCCAAGGAAAUAAUAUUUCUUACAUCGAUAAAAAUGUAUGGGAAGUAUACCAUUGGGCUGAGAGAUUAAUUCUCAGUGAAAAUCAGCUGACUGAAUUACGUAAGGAUACAUUUGAAGGCCUGCUAACCCUCCAGGCUUUGGACUUAUCCUACAACAAAAUACGCUAUAUCGAAAGAGGGACAUUUGAAUCAUUACCUUUUUUGAAGUAUAUAAAUAUAAAAUGUCACAUUUUACAUCAGUUGAAAUUUAGAUUUAAAUGCAUGGCACACGGCCUGGAGACCCCCAGCUCUCAAGGUGGUCACGGGGGUCACGGGCGGUCACGGACAGUCACAGGGCCAGAGCAGGCACCUGGAGGCAAACAGAGCCGCCCUCGGACCGGCCCACCUGGUGGCCUUGCCAGCCCGGCCUGA